AUUUUCUCGAUCACGGCCAGCGAGGUGCCUCGACUUGCACGCCAUUCCCGGACACGGAACCGCCAAGAUGGCUUCUCCUUCGCUGAAAGAGAAGCUGGACAAGAUCCGGUCUCCGAAUCUGCAGAACCAGAAGCAGACCGCCAGUGUGCUCGAGGGCGUCGAGUCCGCCUUCAAGGAGCGCAACACCGAACCAACCCCGACUGCUUACUUCGCAGCACUCCUCAGCUUGCUCGAUAACAAGACUCUCGCACAACCCGUCGUAUAUCUUCUCGAUCUCGUCACCCCCUUCGUGCCUGAGCCCCUCCUCCGGGCCAAGUUCACCCAGAUCCUCACGCUGCUGGCCCCCGUGCUGUCGCAGCCCGAAGCCGAUGCGCCCCUGGUCAGGUCCUCGAUUGGUUGCUUGGAAGGUCUGCUGCUGGCCCAGGAUGCCGCGGCGUGGGAGAUGAGCGCCGCCGUGAUCGGCCCGCGGCGGGCCGUCGGCGGCCUGUUGAGCUUCGCCCUCGACCCGCGCCCGAAGGUGCGCAAGCGGGCUCAAGAAGCGCUGCGCAAGAUCCUGAAGAAUCCGCCGCCCAGCCCCUCCCUCGACCACCCUGCCGCCGCCAUGUGCGCCGAGACCGCCAUGCUGAGCCUGCAGGCGCUGGCCGACAAGGCCGCCCAGCUGAGAAAGGAGAAGAAAGGGUCCGAGGGUGUGCACGACCCUGAGCUGAUCCACGCGCUUCAGCUCGUCAAGACGGUUGCUUCGGCGAGCGGCGGGUGGCCCAGCAAGAAGAUCGAGGCCCUGUGCGAGUUGCUCCUCGGCAUCGCGCGGUCCGGAAACGAGUACAUGAGCAUGGCCGUGUUCGACAUUUUUGAGAUGAUUUUCGAGGGCAUGGCGGACGAGGUUGCGUCGGCCAAGCUGCCGAGGUUGCUCGAGAUCAUCAAGGAGCUGCGCCCGGCCCGGAACGAUACCCAGCUGCUACCCCCGUGGAUCGCCAUUCUAUCCAGAGCCUACGACGUCUCGGCGCAGAUUUCGCCCGAAGAGACGUUUCAGGAGCUGUUGGAGCCCUUCAAUAUGGUGGCCGGAUACCUCGAGUCCGAGGCAAAGAACAUCCGCAUUUCGGCCUCCGAGUGCUUGGUGUCGUUCAUGGCCAACUGUGUGCCCCGGAAUGUGCUCGUCGAUCCAUCAGUGUACGACGAAAAGGUCAUCAGGCAGCUAGUAAACACAGUCGAGGGUCUCCUUACCGUGAAGUACCAAGCAGCGUGGCUCGAAACGUUCAACGUCAUCGGCGCCAUGUUCGACGCCCUGCGCUGGAGGGCCGCGCCUGACCUCCUCGGCAUCACCAAGAGCAUCGGCGAGAUGCGCGGCAAUGAUGCCUUUGCGGGGAAGCAGGAAGCCGACGAAGUGCUUGGGAAGGCGAUCCGGGCGAUGGGCCCUGAGGCCGUACUCAGCGUCCUACCCCUGAACCUCGCAAAGCCGACCAAAGGCCAGCCGGGCAGGGCGUGGAUGCUCCCGCUUCUGCGCGACUACACGUCCCAUACCAACCUUGCUCAUUUCAAAACAGAGUUUGUGCCUCUGAGUGCCACCAUGUUUCAGCGCGUGCUUGAUCACGGUGCCGCCGCCAAGACGAUGGAGGUCAAAAUCUUUGAGACCGUCGUCCAACAGAUCUGGUCAAUUCUCCCAGGUUACUGCGACCUCCCGCUGGACCUAACAGACGCCUUCGACAAGGGCUUCGCCGAGAUGCUGACGACGUUGCUUUACGAGCAAGUCGACUUGCGGCUCGAUGUGUGCCGGGCGCUCAAGGCGCUUGUGGAGUCGAACCAGGCCGUGGCCUCGGCGUCAGACGAAGACGACCCGGUUCUGCUGGCCAGGGUAAGCCCGGAGACAGCGCAAAAGAACCUUGAAUAUCUCGGGACCACCUUCGCGGCCGACUUUCUUGCCGUACUUUUCAAUGUCUACAGCACGACCCUCCCCCAGAAACGGGGCCCCAUAUUACAGACCAUCAACUCGUACCUCAGCAUCAUCCCCCCAGCCCGGCUGAUGGAGACCUUCGAUCUCGUAUGCGAGAAGCUGGCCGCGGCGCUCCAAGAACCAGUCGAAAAGCCCAAGAACCAGCAGAGCGGCGAGCAAGUGCCUUCUACCGCGCACACCCUGAUGGAUCUCGUGGUCACCAUGUCGAUUUACCUGCCUAGGGAGAGCUUCGAGGCUUUGUUCAAGAUCGCAUCCUUAGUCAUCUUUAAGGACGACGACCCGCAACUGCAAAAGAAGGCUUACAAGCUGAUUCCGCGGUUGGCCGACUCGGAAGUCGGCAAGGCCGCUCUUGAGCAGAGGCACAGCGAGAUUCAGGCGCUCAUUCUGUCGAGCGCCGAGAAGGUCUCUGCGCCUGCAAGGAGAGAGCGUCUUGCUGCAAUUGCCGCUCUGAUCCCCUUCAUCCCCGACACGUCGCUCCACUUUAUCCCGUCCGUGCUUUCCGAGGUGGUCAUCAGCUGCAAAGAGCACAAUGAGAAGGCCCGGACCACCGCGUUCGAUCUGCUCGUUCUGAUGGGCCACAAGAUGGUGGCUGCUGACGGAGCGCUGAUCGACAACAGCAAGGUGCCGCACAUGCCCAAGGACGCUCCGAUGGCAAAGGCUUCCAUCGAGGAGUACUUCACUAUGAUCAGCGCCGGCCUCGCGGGCAGCACGCCGCACAUGAUCUCGGCCUCCAUCAUCGCCAUCACGCGCGUGCUCUACGAGUUCCGGGAGGCGCUGAGCAAGGAGACGAUGGCGGACCUGGUGCAGACCAUGGACCUCUUCCUGACGUCCAACAACCGCGAGAUUGUGAAGAGCGUGCUCGGCUUCGUCAAGGUGUGCGUCAUCAGCCUGCCGACCGACAUGAUGCUGCCGCGGCUCGCCACGCUGAUCCCCAACGUCAUGGUCUGGAGCCACGAGCACAAGGGCCACUUCCGCGCCAAGGUCAAGCACAUCCUCGAGCGCAUGGUGCGCCGCUUCGGCGUCGACGUGGUCAACAAGCACUGCCCGGAGGCCGACCGCAAGCUGAUCACCAACAUCCGCAAGACCAAGGAGCGCAACAAGCGCAAGAAGGCAGCGGCCGCCCGGGACGGCGGCGCGGACGGGUCCGAUGCCGAGGAGGCCGGCGCCAGGCGCCGGAGCCGCUUCGAGAGCGAGUACGACCAGGCGCUCUACAGCAGCGACGAGGACGAGUCGGACGACGAGUCGCACUCGGACGACUCGGACAUCGAGAUGACGGGCCGCCGGCAGAAGCGCCGCGCCGCCCACAAGACCGGCACCGCAGGCGGCACCGCGUACAUCCUCGAGGACGAGGACGAGCCGCUCGACCUGCUCGACCGCAACGCGCUCGCCAACAUCUCGACCACCAAGCCCGGCAGGCUGAAGAAGGCGCCGCCGGCCGGCAGGAAGACCAAGGUGCGCACGGACGCCGACGGCAAGCUCAUCCUCGGCGGCGAGGACGGGAUGGACAUCGACGCGCCGCCGUCCGCCGGUGCUAGUGCUGGUGCUGGCGGGCAGGAGGAGGAGGAGGAGAGCGGCGUGAACGCGUAUGUCGCGGCGCUGCGGGGCAAGGACGUCCCGCGGCGCGGGCUGCGCGGCAAGCUCAAGUGGAACCGCGGAAGGAAGGGCGCCGACGAGGACGAGGACGAGGAGGAGAGCGAGGAUGGCGGGAUGGAGGUGGACGAGGGCGCGGCGGCGAAGGCGUUCAGGGACAGGGCUGGGGGCAGCAGCAGUAGUAGGAAGAGAGGCGGUGGUGAUGGGAAAGGGCGAGGCGGCGGUGGACUCGGAAAGGGCAAGGUUGGAAGGGCCGGCAAGGGCGGCAUUGCUGCUGCCGUCGGGCGGAGGGGGCUCGGGCAGGAGAAGCGGAGGGGUCCGGCCAUUUACGGGAGUCGGGUUAGCAAGGGCGGGAAGGGGAGGCCAUGAUUUGGGAGAUUUUCCUUUCUUUUCUCUGUUUGGUCGGUUUUGAGGGUGGGAAAAUGGUAAAAUAAGAUGAUCUUUAAGGUAUGAAAGUAGUGGUUUUCCAUGUUAAGCCACGAUUGUCUACCGACACAUAUGUCCGAACCAAGCAUCUUCUAUUCAGCCGUCAGGCGGAGAGACAGAAUCUAGCUCUAUGCCCACGACCUUUUAACCUCUCAACCAACCCCAUGGAAUGGCCGUCUCU